CGGGGUCUGAUGGAAUGUGAUUGGCGGGUCGCGCUGACGCAUAGAACGGGCGCCGAAUUUGACAGGAAUUGCCUGUUUUUCCGAGAGCAGAGCGCGAGACGAACUGAGUGUAAAGUCGCUGGUUCUGCAUAGCCGUUACCGGAAUAAAGAAGAAUGGAGAGCAGACGGCAGCCUCUGAAGCGCCUGUGCCAAGAUUCUGGCAUAGAAUCUCCCAGAAAGCGGCGGCUUACGGAGCCCGAAGGCGGCUCGGAGAACUGCGAUCCUCUUCUGCUCGAGGAAGCCGCUGCCCCGUCCGACACAAAGUGGUCGACUCUGCUACGGAUAACCGAACAUGAAAUUAAACCCGAUACGCCGGCCAUACCGUCCGUGAGGUCCAGAAUUCAGAUGCUGAGGGAGGUCAGCAGGACAGAUGCUGCUCCAUCCUCUGAAGGCGAUUCCGAUGUGGCUGGCGAGAAGUCCUGUACGGGUGAUAUGAAGGAUUUCUCCGUCUUUGCAGAUCCAGAACAGAAAAAGGAGGCGGAAAAGAUAACGGGGCAAAGUGUGGGCUCUAUGUUGGAGAAAUUUGAAUGGAAUCCGACCGUGGAAGGUGGUCCUCUUGCACACAGCACCCUCAACCCUCUGCAGAAGGACAAAGUGUCCAGUUUUGAAACAGUCCGUCGCCUCCGCAAGGAACGCGACGAGGAGCUCGCUAUGGUGUGUGCGGUGGUAGAUCGAACUAACCCAUGGAGAGCAGAGUCCAUGAGACAAAAGAGGAGCGAGGAACUCGUCUCUGUGGGAUCUGACAGUGGAGUGACAUCUCUUGAGAGUAGGGAUAUGUUACUGGAUGUCUCUGGAGAGCGUUAUGUUUCUACUCUGGAAGUAAGACUCCGCAGGACUCCAGACUCCGACUGCAGCAUGGAGAGCAGGUCCCACAACCAAGAGUAUUCAGCGUCCCGGUCCCCUGAGCACACAGAGCUGCAGCGGUGCGAUGGAGGGUCAUGCUCUGAGAGCAUGGAGGAGGUCAGGGGCCAGGCAACAAUGGACAACUCUGAACUGAUUGAUCGCCUGUUUGAAGGGGUGCUGGACAGCAGCAGCGGCUCAGGAGAAGACCCCCUGGAUUUGCCCCCCUUGUCUCUCUUAUCACCGCUCACCAAGUCUGCUGACUUGCAGGCAGCUAUUAGCCCCCUGAACUCUGUUGUUUCCAGUCUGCCUGAGCUGCUAGUAGAAUCUCCAGCCACCCCAAGACCUUCCGCCGCUGAUGAGACUAGUCUCCUGUACAGUAUUGAUACAUAUCGUACCAUGAGAAGGAAUGUACGGGGGGAACCCGACACCAGUCUGCGUGUAAAGCUCCCAAAAACUUCACCUAAGCAGGGAAAAGCCAUAGACGCUGACCUUAAGGAAAAGAUCAAGCUCCUGAGUAAAGAGGUCUCCUCGCUCCAGCGCAUUAUAGAGCAGUCGUGCCGGGCACUGAGCUGCUGUGUGGAUGCUGAACACGGCAAGGGGAGCCUGCAGGAGGCCGAAGCGGAGCGCCUGCUGCUUGUGUCCGUGGAAAAGAGAGAGGCUCUGCUGAAGGAGCUGGGACACCUGCGAUCUGAAAGGUCAGAGGAUGUGGCUCCAUCUCUGCCUCGAACCCUGAGACCAUGCCACGGCUCCGUCACGAUUUCUGACAUCAGACUGCCUCUGAAAGUGGAUUAUGUUUGCUCCAGCAUUCGGGAAGCAGGGAAUCCCAGCCACUAUUUCCUCAUACUUAUCCGUUAUGGUGCACAUGACAUUGUAGCUACUCCGCUUGCCAGCGCUGCAGAUGCCCAAACUGGAGACACAAUCCUGUUUCCCACCACCGUAUCGCUGAAAGAAGCCUCCUCUGACUUCAGGAUAGAGAUUGAGGUUUACAGCCUGGCACAAGGUGGGCCUCUUACUGUUGUAGACAAACGCAAGUCUUUAAAGCCCAAGAUCACACCGAAGAAACUGCUGAGCUCCAGGAAAUCCAGCUUGAACUCUCCAGCCUGCAGUCCUGCGCUCGGCAGCUAUCUGAGAUCCAGUAACUUUCUCCUUGUUGGCUCUCUCACACUUUCCUUGGAAUCUCUGGGCAAGUUUAGGUUCCCCCUAGAAAAGAUGAAAUUGGAAGGCAAAGUCGGGCGCCUGCUUGGAAAUCAUUUUCAGGAUAAGGUUCCAUUUCUGUCCCCCCUGGAAGGAAGCUUAUAUCUGACGUUGCAGUGCGAGAGCCAUUCGACGGUGCAUCACAGAGGGUUUUUGACAACGUUUGAGGAUGUCGGUGGUUUGGGGGCUUGGCACAGGCGCUGGUGCGUACUUUUGGGAACCUGUUUAUCUUUCUGGACCUAUCCUGACCAGGAGCCCAGCUCGGAGCCUCUGGGACAGAUAAACCUGGCAAACUGUACCAGUGUCAAGAUAGAGGCAGCAAAGAGGGAAGCCUGUGCCCGUCCGCACACCCUGGAGCUCGUCACAAUGAGGCCACAGAGGGAAGGCGACACGGACACGCUGGUAACACAGUGCCGAAACACCUUAUGUUUUACCAAGAACUGGCUUUCUGCUGACACCAAAGAGGAACGGAACCAGUGGAUGGAGUGUCUGAACCAGGUGCUCGUAGAUCUUCGCACGUGGAGGACAAGCCCUGGAAGACUGUUUGUGAAUUCACAAGGGGGGCAGCCUCCUAAUCCUUCCGAGUGCUGAUUCCAGCUGCUUGAUUCGCUUGUUUUUACUCUGGGUAUUGGUUCUGCUGGGUAGUUAUCCUGCUUUUGUACCAAACUUUUAAGAAUGUAAAGUCCGAGAGUGCUAUUUGCUUCCUACACGAGGGGUGACAACUGUUUUGUCUGCUUAAUCCUUGUUGAAGUCUCGGUCAGCAAUUGUCCUGUUGUCUCCUUUUUAAGACUGUCCUCUUCCGUUGUGAAAUUGGUUCACCCCAAUCCGAACAAAGUCAAAAGUGC